AUGUUGGUAUCUUCCGAAAAUAGGCCGGUGGCCGAUCAUGAUACAAGAACAAGUAUUCAAAACGUCAAUGGGUCUACAGGUUUUCCUACGGACCCGUCCAAUUCAUCGUCGCGCUCUUCUCCCAAAUCCAAGUCUGUGCAGACCACAGAUCUCCGCUCAUUCUCGUCCACGUCGUCUUCGCCCGCCAAAUUUAGAGGAAUCAAGUAUAAAGGACGACCUCCCAUCACAGAGGUGGGGGAGCUGAUGGAGCUAUGCGAGGAGUUUCUGCUCACCAAGAAUGUCACCGGGUUGUCAAUGAUUGCCCGUCAAAGAGGUCUUCCGCCGUCUCUUAGACACAAAAUCUGGCCUGUUCUGCUAAAGUACCAUCCGUACGUGUUAGAUCCGUAUGUUCAGCCGGACGAUGAUGGAGAGGACGACGAGCUGAAAAUCCCUGUUGCCCAGAUCAAGGCGGAUCUCCACAAGUAUCUGAAGAAUGCCGAGCGGUACAAGCCCAAGACCAUGAGUCCUGAGCUGACAGAUCUGUUUGAAAUCCAGGAUAAGAUCUUUGAGACUCUGGAGCAUUCGAUUGUCAAGUUCCUUAAGAAGUGGGGGUCCAUCGUUCAUUACAACUCGGGACUGGCGUGGAUCGCUCUCGGGCUGGCCGAAUGGAUUCCUCCGUUGGCAGACUCGCAGAUCGUGCUUUGCGGUAAAGACGACGUUGCGAAAAAUGGCACAAAGCUCAGAAACGUCAACGAGACAUAUUUCGAGAAAAUGGAGCACGAGAGCGGCUCCGUGAGUGUCUCGUCCACUCUGAGCUCGACACCAGUUGUGUCUUCUUCACCACGGUCAGUCUCCAGUUUGGAAAGCACAAACGCUCAGCUUUCUGGCAUGAGCUAUCCGUUCAAGGCAAUGACUUUUGCCGAGAUCUACGAACGAAUGGUUUUGGUAAUUCUGCACACACCCGACCCGCUGAGCAGACCGGAAUCCAAGUCCAGUGAUGACCAGCACGACGAGUCGUCCGACGACCUGCCAAAAAUGGGCGGGUGUAUUGAGGACAGAAUCUCGUUCUUCCUGUACUGUCUGCGACAGCUGUUGCCGGAACUUCACCGGUUUCUUUCCGAAGAGGACUUGCUCAAGGGAGAUUGGAUUCUGUGGUGGCUCAAGUACUGUUCGUCGAAGGUAUGGUCCCGUUACGAUAGAGGAAGAGUCUGGGACUUGCUUCUGGGUUUCAGAAGCACCUACAACGAAAAGGACAUGCCGCAACUCGAACAGCUCACCGAGGAGCAAAAACGGCUACUGGGACCCGACCUGUUCUGGAACCCGCUGUCGGAACCAGAGGUAAAUUCCAAAAAACACCGUUCUAGCAGCAUAAAGACCUUGAUCAACCAGGUGUCGCUGUCGUUCGACAAGACCCCGACUUUGGCUUCUCUGUCGCUCCGUGACGACGACGUGGAAGACAUGCCGUUGUCGGAGUCGACGUUGCCGUUUUCGCAGAUAGACGCGCACGUACAGCUCAUCUUCAUCUCGUUGGCUUUCCUCAAAGCCAAAGAGUUCACCAUCAUGGAAUUGGACCAAUCUGAAAUAAAGCAGUUGCUCAACAACCUCUCGUCAUUGAAAACGUCCGAGAUCCGCUCACUUGUGGGCGGUGACGGCCAAACAACAUCCGCCACGGUGCUCGCAGACAAGUGUCAGUGCUCUGUCUGCACCGGAAGCGCAAAUAGCACGUCCAGCUGUCUUUCGUCCCAUAAUUUCCAAGUGAAAAAGUCCAAUAGAGACAUCGAAAACAUCAUCCUCGAGGCCGGCGAGCUUUGGAGAAAGUUCAUCUACCUCGAAAUGGUGGAAGACCGUUGA